AUGGCCUUUGGGAAAUCCUCGGGCAUGGACCCGCGGGUGUUUGAUGGCGUAGGAGGCGAUUGGGAGAAGCUCAAUCAGCAAGCGGUGAUUCCUGUGAUCUCUCGAUCCACUUUAGACUGCGAGCGCCCAUCGGAGCGCAGAGAGCGGCUCAAUCUGGCAGCCGCGAGAAAGGAGGAGCUUCGCCAGCAGCGUGCUGCACAGCAGAUUCAGGAUGUCCUCGCCGAUCGCUUCCACCAAAGGCCUUUGGCGAGCUCUGACGCACCUUCGGCCCAGCCGGUGCCGAGCUGGCAGGAGGACUCCAAUCACGAUCGCAGAUACAGCUCCAGGCCCAGCUGGGCAGUGCCCAAGCCUUCGCUACGAAUGCCACGGUCCAUGGAGGUUCGCCCCAUUGGCCAGGCCAGUGCUGCGCCAUGGACGGUACCCCAGAUCGUCCGGAGAGCCGCCGCAGAGCCGACGCCGACGCCAGAGAAAGAGGCUGCGGCGCCUGAGCCGUCGCAGCCGUCCAAGCCCCGG